CUAACUUUUCUCUUUUUCUCACAAGGCUAUAGUUCAAUAUUUCAUUUUGGGGGCACAUAUCCUGUCUCAAAUUCCGACUCUGGGCUGCUUGGCGCAAGGACACUUCAAUUGUUGCAAGCCUCUACUCUGGAGUGCUCCCCAGGACUUGGUCAGGAUCCAGGUCUAGAUCCCUCUUCUCACCCUGGGUUCAUACAAAGAAUAUUGAACCAGAGAGUGAGUGUUAAAACGGAAGUGAUUUGGUUGGAGGGAUAGCCAGACCUACCAAUGGGAUCAGGGAAGCUGGCCCAGGUGCUGCUGGGAUGGGCAGCGGUGUGCCUCUCAGCUGUCCAUGUAUACGGUGCUCAAACUGGGGAUGGACCGUACCAAGCUAGCCGAUUCACCGGCACUGUGGACCAGAGAGAGGUGCAGCGGGUCCGACGUCGUGGCCAGGAGACACUAAGAGGGCCCAAUGUGUGUGGCUCUCGCUUCCACUCGUACUGCUGUCCAGGAUGGAAGACCCUGCCGGGAGGGAACCAGUGCAUCGUUCCUAUUUGCAGGAACUCGUGUGGCGAUGGCUUCUGUUCAAGACCUAACAUGUGUACCUGUUCAAGUGGCCAGCUCUCUCCCAGCUGUGGGACUGGAGGAGGAGUUCAGUCCUGCAAUGUCAGGUGUAUGAAUGGAGGCACUUGCUCGGAGGACUCAUGCUCCUGCCCUAAAGGCUACACAGGCAGCCACUGUGGACAGCCUGUGUGUGAGAAUGGCUGCCAGAACGGCGGGCGCUGCAUCGGACCCAACAGAUGUGCCUGUGUCUAUGGUUUCACUGGCCCGCAGUGCGAGAGAGACUACAGGACCGGACCAUGUUUUACCCAGGUGAACAACCAGAUGUGCCAGGGCCAGCUGAGUGGAAUCGUAUGCACCAAAACCCUCUGCUGUGCUACCAUUGGUCGAGCAUGGGGCCACCCUUGUGAGCAAUGCCCCGCUCAGCCACACCCCUGCAGGCGAGGCUUCAUCCCCAACAUCCGCACAGGAGCCUGCCAAGAUGUGGAUGAAUGCCAAGCAGUGCCAGGUCUUUGUUCAGGAGGUAACUGCAUCAACACUGUGGGAUCCUACGAGUGUAAAUGUCCCGCUGGCCACAGACAGAGUGAAACCAGCCACAAAUGUGAAGAUAUCGAUGAAUGCAGCACCAUUUCUGGUGUAUGUGAUGGAGGGGAAUGCACCAACACUGCUGGAAGCUACGUCUGCACCUGUCCACGAGGCUAUAUCUCCAGCACAGAUGGCUCCAGAUGUGUGGAUCAGCGCGUGGGCACCUGUUUUUCUGCUCUGGCUAACGGCCGCUGUGCUGCAGAGCUGACCGGUCAGUUCACCAAGAUGCAGUGCUGCUGUGAUACAGGACGCUGCUGGGCUUUGGGACAAAUCCCUGAGAUGUGCCCUGUCAGGGGAUCUGACGAGUUCAGGCGGUUGUGUAUUUUGGGAGUUCCCCAACGUCUGCCUCAUGGAUACCCCAACGGACAUUUCCCUAACACCAAUGGCAAUGGGUUCAACUAUGGAUUCAAGUUCCCCAGUGUGCCUAAUGGUAAUGGAAACGGAGGCAUUGGUAACGGAGGUGGUGGAGGAGGCUUUGGAGGAAACGGUGGGGGCUUUGGGGGUAACGGAGGAGGCUUAGGAGGUAAUGGAGGAGGCCUUCUGAUAGGAACUGUGUCUGUGAACGAAACCAUUGAUGUGUGCAAACAUUUCACCAACCUGUGUCUGAAUGGACGUUGUAUCCCAACACCCACAAGCUACCGCUGCGAGUGCAACAUGGGUUACAGACAGGAUGUUCGUGGGGAAUGUAUUGAUGUGGAUGAAUGCGUGAGUAAACCAUGUACCAACGGAGACUGUGUCAACACACCUGGAUCCUACCACUGUAAAUGUCACGAGGGCUACCAAGGAACUCUGUCCAAACAAGCUUGUAUUGACAUUGAUGAGUGUAUAAUGAAUGGAGUGAUGUGUCGCAAUGGUCGCUGUGUAAACACAGAGGGAAGCUUUCAGUGCGUCUGCAACGCUGGCUUUGAAAUAACUACUGAUGGGAAGAACUGUGUCGAUCAUGACGAGUGCGCCACCACCAACAUGUGCCUCAAUGGCAUGUGCAUCAAUGAGGAUGGCAGCUUUAAGUGUAUCUGCAAACCUGGCUUUUCUUUAGCACCCAAUGGACGCUACUGCACCGACAUAGAUGAGUGUGUCACGCCUGGCAUCUGUAUGAACGGCCGCUGCAUCAACUCUGAAGGCUCAUUCCGUUGCGAGUGCCCUCCAGGCCUGGCUAUUGAUGUAGACGGGAGAGUGUGUGUGGACACACACAUGAGAACCACCUGCUACGGUGCCAUAAAAAUGGGCACAUGCUCUCGUCCUUUCCCCGGUGCCGUGACCAAGUCUGAGUGCUGCUGUGCAAAUCCUGAACACGGCUUUGGAGAGCCAUGCCAACCCUGCCCUUCCAGAAACUCUGCUGAGUUCCAGGCCGUCUGCAGCAGUGGUAUUGGCAUUACCACUGAUGGCAGAGACAUCAAUGAGUGUGCUCUGGACCCGGAUAUAUGUCAAAACGGUAUCUGUGAAAACCUGAGAGGAAGCUACCGCUGCAUGUGUAACAUCGGUUACGAGUCUGACACCAGUGGAAAGAACUGUGUUGAUAUUAAUGAGUGUCUGGUGAACCGUCUGCUUUGUGACAACGGCCUGUGCAGAAACACUCCUGGGUCUUUCACCUGCUCCUGUCCUAAGGGAUUUGUGUUCAAACCCGAAUCAGAGACCUGCGAGGAUAUCAACGAAUGUGAAUCCAGCCCAUGCAUCAAUGGAGCGUGUCGUAAUGUGGCCGGGUCCUUCAACUGCGAGUGUGCGCACGGCAGCAAGCUGGACUCCACCAACACCAUCUGUGUUGACAGUAUGAAGAGCACCUGCUGGCUGACGGUACAAGACAGCCGCUGUGAGGUCAACAUCAAUGGAGCCACGCUGAAGUCUGAGUGCUGCUCCACACUGGGGGCCGCCUGGGGAAGUCCAUGUGAACCCUGCGAGAUUGACACUGCCUGCUCUCGUGGGUUUGCUCGUAUGAAGGGCCUUGUGUGUGAAGACAUUAAUGAGUGUGAAGUGUUCCCUGGAGUGUGUACAAAUGGCCGCUGUUUGAACACCCAAGGCUCGUUCCGCUGUGAAUGUGCUGAGGGUCUGACCUUGGACAGUUCCGGACGCACAUGUGUGGAUAUGCGUAGUGAGCAGUGCUACAUGAAAUGGCACGAGGAUGAAUGUGGUCAGACUCUGCCUGGGAGAUACCGUGUGGACAUGUGCUGCUGUUCAGUGGGUGCUGCUUGGGGAGUCCAUUGUGAGGAGUGUCCCAAACCAGGCACACCUGAGUACAGGACUAUCUGUCCCAGGGGGCCGGGCUUCGCCAACAGAGGCGACAUUUUGACCGGCAGGGCGUUCUACAAAGAUGUAAAUGAAUGUAAGGUGUUCCAGGGUCUCUGUACUCACGGAACUUGCAGGAACACCAUCGGCAGUUUCAAGUGUCGCUGCAACAGCGGCUUUGCCCUGACAGCUGAAGAGAGAAACUGUACAGACAUUGAUGAAUGCCGGAUCUCCCCUGACCUGUGCGGUCAUGGUACCUGCGUCAACACACCUGGAAGCUUUGAGUGUGAAUGUUUCGAGGGCUACGAGAGUGGCUUCAUGAUGAUGAAGAACUGCAUGGACAUUGAUGAGUGUGAGAGGAACCCCCUGUUGUGUCGUGGAGGAACCUGCCUGAACACAGAGGGGAGUUAUGAGUGCGACUGUCCCACUGGACACUCACUCAGCACAGACGGAUCGGCCUGUGAAGAUGUGAAUGAAUGCCAGCUCAGUGACAACUUGUGUAAAAAUGGACAGUGUGUCAACAUGCCAGGAACCUACCAAUGCUCUUGUGACACCGGCUACCAGGCAACACCAGAUCGACAGGGAUGCGUUGAUAUUGAUGAAUGUACCAUCAUGAAUGGAGGCUGUGAGACGCACUGUACUAACUCAGAGGGCAGCUAUGAGUGCAGCUGUAGUGAGGGCUAUGCUCUCAUGCCUGACCUUAGGACCUGCUCAGAUAUUGAUGAGUGUGAGGAGACUCCAGACAUCUGUGAUGGAGGCCAGUGUACCAACAUCCCUGGAGAAUACCGCUGUCUGUGUUACGAUGGCUUCAUGGCUUCCAUGGACAUGAGGACAUGUAUCGAUGUGAACGAGUGUGACUUGAACCCAAACAUCUGUCUCCACGGUGACUGUGAGAACACCAAAGGCUCCUUCAUCUGUCACUGCCAGCUGGGAUACUUUGUCAAGAAGGGAUCUACAGGCUGCACAGAUGUUGAUGAAUGUGAGAUUGGAGCUCACAACUGCGACAUGCAUGCCGCCUGUAUCAAUGUGCCUGGCAGCUUUAAAUGUCGCUGUCGAGAUGGCUGGGUGGGAGACGGCAUCAAGUGUGUGGAUCAGGACGAGUGCUCUGCAGAGGACCACAACUGCAACCCUAAUGCAGACUGUGUCAACACACCAGGAUCUUACAGGUGCACAUGCAAGGAGGGCUUCAACGGAGAUGGAUUCUCCUGCUCUGACAUGGACGAGUGUGCCGACAAUGUGAACCUGUGUGAGAACGGCCAGUGUCUGAACGCUCCUGGAGGCUACCGCUGCGAGUGUGAGAUGGGCUUCACUCCUACAGAGGACAGCAAGGCUUGUCAAGAUAUCGAUGAGUGUAAUUUCCAGAACAUCUGCGUAUUUGGAACAUGCCAGAACCUUCCAGGAAUGUUCCGCUGUGUGUGUGACGACGGCUACGAGCUCGACCGCAGUGGAGGAAACUGCACUGACAUCAACGAGUGUGCAGACCCUGUGAACUGCAUCAAUGGGCUGUGUGUAAACACCCCAGGAAGCUACCUGUGUAACUGCCCGCCUGACUUUGAGCUCAACCCCACUGGAGUGGGCUGUGUGGAUACCCGUGUUGGAAACUGCUUCCUGGAUGUCCUUGCACGUGGCGAUGGAGGAAUCUCUUGCAGUGCUGAGAUUGGAGUAGGCGUGACCAGAGCGUCCUGCUGUUGCUCCUUGGGAGGCGCCUGGGGAAACCCCUGUGAACUUUGCCCCCCUCCAAACUCCACGGAGUAUAAGACUCUUUGUCCUGGAGGAGAGGGAUUCAGACCAAAUCCCAUCACUGUCAUCUUGGAAGAUAUUGAUGAGUGCCAGGAGCUUCCAGGUCUCUGUCAAGGUGGGAACUGUGUGAACACCUUUGGUAGUUUCCAGUGUGAAUGUCCAGCAGGCUACUAUCUCAAUGAGGAGACUCGCAUCUGUGAAGAUAUUGAUGAGUGUACUACCCACAUUGGUAUCUGUGGACCUGGUACUUGCUACAACACUCUGGGUAACUACACCUGCGUAUGUCCACCUGAGUACAUGCAGGUUAACGGAGGAAACAACUGCAUGGAUAUGAGGAAGAGCGUGUGUUAUCGUAACUUCAAUGACACAUGUGAGAAUGAGCUGUCCUUCAACAUGACCAAGAAGAUGUGCUGCUGUGCCUACAAUGUGGGCAAAGCCUGGAACAAGCCGUGUGAGGCCUGUCCAACUCCUGCCACCUCUGAGUACCAGUUACUGUGUGGUAACCAGGCUCCUGGCUUCAUCAUCGACAUCCACACUGGCAAGCCAAUUGAUAUUGAUGAAUGCAGGGAGAUCCCAGGUAUCUGUCAAAAUGGAGUCUGUAUAAACCAGAUCGGGAGCUUCCGAUGUGAAUGUCCAAUGGGCUUCAGCUACAACAACAUACUCCUUAUUUGUGAAGAUAUCGAUGAGUGCAACAGUGGGGACAACCUGUGCCAACGCAAUGCCAACUGUAUCAACAUCCCAGGCAGCUACCGCUGUGAAUGCUCGCCAGGGUUCAAACUGUCUCCCAACGGAGCCUGUGUGGACCGUAAUGAGUGCCAGGAGAUUCCAAAUGUGUGCAGCCAUGGAGAGUGUAUCGAUACUCAGGGAAGCUAUCGUUGUUUGUGUCACAAUGGCUUCAAAGCAACUGCUGACCAGACCAUGUGCAUGGACAUCGACGAGUGUGACAGACAGCCGUGUGGUAACGGUACCUGUAAAAACACAGUGGGAUCAUAUAACUGCCUCUGCUUCCCUGGCUUUGAGCUCACACACAACAACGACUGCAUGGACAUUGAUGAGUGCAGCUCCCUCCAGGGCCAAGUGUGCAGGAACGGACAGUGUAUCAAUGGACUCGGAUCCUUUCAGUGUCUCUGCCACGAGGGUUAUGAAAAUACUCAGGAUGGGAAAAACUGUGUUGACAUUAAUGAGUGUGUGAGUCUGCCCGGCACCUGCUCUCCAGGAACUUGUCAGAAUCUGGAUGGAUCUUUCAGAUGUAUUUGCCCUCCUGGAUAUGAGGUGCAAAAUGACCAGUGUAUUGAUAUCAACGAGUGUGAAGUGGAGCCCAACAUCUGCCAGUUUGGCACCUGCACCAACACCCCAGGAAGUUUCCAGUGCACCUGCCAGCCUGGCUUUGUACUCUCUGACAACAAACGGCGCUGUUAUGAUACCAGAGAAAGUUUCUGUUUCACCAAAUUCGAGGCUGGAAAGUGUUCUGUCCCCAAAGCGUUCAACACCACUAAGGCCAAGUGUUGCUGCAGUAAGAUGCCUGGCGAGGGUUGGGGACUUCCAUGUGAGCUGUGCCCACGAGAAACUGAGGCUGCUUUUGACACCCUGUGUCCUUAUGGUCAUGGAGCACUACCUGGACCAGGCGAGGCUCGGGAAGACAUGAACGAGUGUCUGGAUAACCCAGGGAUCUGCCAGAACGGUAUCUGCAUCAACACUGAUGGUUCGUUCCGCUGUGAAUGCCCCUUUGGAUACAACCUGGAUUACACCGGAGUCAACUGUGUUGACACUGAUGAGUGCUCUAUAGGGAACCCAUGUGGAAAUGGAACCUGCACCAAUGUGGUUGGAGGUUUUGAGUGUUCGUGCCAGGAAGGCUUUGAGCCUGGACCAAUGAUGACCUGUGAAGAUAUCAAUGAGUGCUCCCAGAAUCCUCUGCUGUGUGCCUUCCGGUGCGUUAACACCUUCGGUUCCUAUGAGUGUAUGUGUCCUGCUGGCUAUGUGCUGAGAGAUGACCAACGCAUGUGCAGAGAUCAAGAUGAAUGUGCUGAGGGUUUGGAUGACUGUGACUCCAAGGGUAUGACCUGUAAGAACCUGAUUGGUACCUUCAUGUGUAUCUGCCCUCCUGGCAUGCAGCGCAGACCAGAUGGAGAGGGAUGCAUGGAUCUGAAUGAGUGUCGUGCCAAGCCUGGCAUCUGUAAGAAUGGCCGCUGCGUCAACACAAUCGGAAGCUACCGUUGCGAAUGUAAUGACGGGUUUGAGUCCAGCUCCACUGGAACUGAAUGCAUUGACAACAGAAAAGGCUACUGUUACGCAGAGGUUCUGCAGACGAUGUGCCAGCAGUCCAGUACCAGCAGGAAUAGUGUGACAAAGUCUGAGUGCUGCUGCAACACGGGCCGUGGCUGGGGAUCACAGUGUGAGCUCUGCCCUCUGCCUGGCACCGUACAGUACAAGAAGAUGUGCCCACUCGGACCUGGCUAUACCACAGAUGGUAGAGACAUCAACGAGUGCCAAGUGAUGCCAGAUCUGUGCAAGAACGGUCAGUGCAUCAACACCAUUGGAUCCUUCCGCUGCCACUGUAACAUGGGCUACAAAACUGACUUCACCGCAACUUCCUGUGUUGAUAUGGAUGAGUGCGCUCUAUCUCCAAAGCCUUGUAACUUCCUGUGUAAAAACACAGAGGGCAGCUACCUCUGCUCCUGCCCCAGAGGAUACAGCCUGCAGCCAGAUGGGAAGACCUGCAAAGAUCUUGAUGAAUGUUCCGCCAAGCAGCAUAACUGCCAGUUCCUGUGUGUCAACACCAUUGGAGGCUUUACCUGCAAGUGUCCUCCUGGCUUCACACAGCACCAGACUGCCUGCAUUGACAACAAUGAGUGUGCAGCUCAGAACAGUGUGUGUGGUUCCCGGGCCUCUUGUGUCAACACGCCUGGUAGCUUCAACUGUGAAUGCUCUAAAGGCUUCUCUUUGGACAGCUCAGGCCUGGAGUGUGAAGAUGUGGAUGAGUGUGGCAGUAACCAUCGUUGCCAACACGGCUGCCAAAACAUGCUUGGAGGCUACCGCUGUGGCUGUCCACAGGGCUAUGUGCAACACUACCAGUGGAACCAGUGUGUGGAUGAGAAUGAGUGCCAGGGAGGAUCAGUGUGUGGAUCUGCCUCCUGCUACAACACUCUGGGCAGCUUCAAAUGUGUGUGUCCUUCUGGCUUUGACUUUGAGCAGGGGGCAGGUGGAUGCCAAGAUGUGAAUGAAUGUACUACAGGCACCAACCCCUGCAUCUAUGGCUGCUCUAACACUGAUGGAGGAUACCUGUGCGGCUGUCCUGGAGGUUUCUACAGAGCUGGACAGGGUCACUGUAUAACAGGCUCAGGUCUCUCAAGCCAGUUUGUGGAGGGUGAGGAUGAAGACAGCCUGUCUCCUGAAGCCUGCUAUGAGUGUAAGGUCAACGGAGGAGGAAAGAACGGACGACACAAGCGAAAUGCUGAUGAAAAUGAGAUCAAAAAGGAACCAGAGGUGAGCAUGGCCAGCGUGGACACCCAGGACUCCAUCCACAUGAACCUCUCUCUCUCCCACUUGCUCAACAAAGAGCCUCUCCUGGAGCUCCUGCCUGCUCUGCAGCCACUGGAGAACCACGUCCGCUACGUCAUCACCCACGGCAAUGUUAAUGAACACUUUCGCCUGUUGGAACGCCGUGACGGAAAGAGUGUACUCCGGCUCGGCAAGAGGCCGCCCACACCAGGGUCCUACCGACUAGACAUCGCCAGCCUGCGGUUGUUUGGUCCCCGCAGACUACACCAGCUGGAGGAGCAGCACGACAGUGACUACCUACAAGGGGAAAUAGGAGAUGCCCUGCGCAUCAAGCUCUACAUCCACCUGCACUGAGCUCAGAGUGUGCUGGCAAUCCUGUCCUGGACUGAUUCCUAAAGCCUCUGAGUAUAACCUGCCCUCUGCCCUUUUUAUCUUAAAACUCCCCCCUUCUCCUCCAGCUCCCCCCUGCAGGACCAUCCCCACCAACAGGGAGUGAUCACGGGCUACGAAAGACUGAGUCAAUCAGCCCAACUCUACUACCACUUUGUUACUGUUUAUGUUAUUAUAUGUUCAUGUUUUGUGUUUUUCCUUACUCUGACUACAUUUCCUCUUGCGCCCCUCCCUCCACUUGUACCCGACCCAGCACUCAUUUUCCACUCAGUAGACCCAGUGGGGGAAAUAGCAGAGAGGUGCUUUGUUCUUUGACCGAGCACCCUGUUAUUUAGACAAAAUGGCAGACAGAUGGUUCGCAAGUCCAUGAAGCACUUUUGCAGAGGGGUUUUUUUUAUUAGAAAUGAGUGCUGAGAGUGGCCAAAACUGUCUUAAAGCAAAAGCUGUGGUAGUAUUUAAAUCACAGUGCAAUAUCUAGACUGCUAAACAUGAGGCGUAGGGGGCUAUCAUGAUGGUCAAAGAACUUUGUCACCUCUCUGUAAUCUUUGGAUUAAAAUCACAACGCCGGGGAACAAGGUUUGUCCCCCUCUCAGUAUUGUAGUGUCAUUUAAUGUAUUUGUGCUAUUUGAAUAAUGUAAACACGAAGGACUGCAUCAUUUACACAGCAUUUCAGGUUCUUAAUAUCCGUAGCAGUCUGUUUUAUAGCUGGAUGCAAACCAACCUAUAGGUGAGGCAACAGAGAGCUGAGUUUCUGCUCUGCUGUUACUGACUUCUGUCCUGUCUGUGGGCAGCAGCAAGCAGGGAUUAGCAUGUUUGCGUGCAUGUGCGGUCAUGUUUUGUUACCUCUUGCUCAGUAUGGACAUCAUACUGCAGUGUUGACUUAGAGACAAAAGAGGGUGCUAGUGUUGCUCAGCAUCCAUCACAAGCAGGGAAUACACCAGUAAGUAGCUCUUAGGCUUAAAAGGAGAUAGAUCAGGUCACUUUUUAUUUAUCUCUGUGGGGAUUAAGACCUCAGGUGCACUGAUUUGGGACCUGAGACACAGCAUUUUCAUUUUAAAUUUGAAGCCCCCCCCAUCAGCUGUCAGAGACUUUUGGCUCUGACAACUUUUAACUCCAGAAAUGCUUUGGGAGGAAAGAUCUGUAUUUGACAGCCAUCACUAAGAGAGUGAAUUUAAGAAUAAGCUCAGGUCAGUUCAACUUCUUUGACUUCACUUUGAGCUUGAUGUCUGAGACACUCACCUGAUUACAGUAGCACAGUCUUAAAGGUACAUGACAUUAUAACAUUACCUAAGCUGCAAACAAAGGUAAUGUUUUUACAAUAUAAUGGCACGCACAGGUGACAGCAAAAAGACGAAUCCAUCAGGUCAUCUUUCAUUUUUUAUUUUUUUCUCUCAAAGAGAAAAAAGGUGCUAGAUAAUACCAUCUCUUUUUUACGCUGUACAAAAUAAGUGCAGUCAUGAAUCUGGAUUGCAAAAGUGUUUUUUUGUGCUAGGACUUAUUGUUUUUGUUGUUAUGUGUCUGUCUUUGUCCCAGUGCUGAAAAACCAAUAUUAUCAAACUUGCUUCUUGAAAAUUAAAUUGUAUAUUUUUAAGUGAAUUGUAGAUGUUUUUUUAAAUGUCAAGGCUGCCAACAAAAACACAUAACUCGAGACUGAAGGCCAUUAGUGCUGUUGACUUUGCGUUGUUGAGAAAAAAGUAAAUGCAGUAUUGUAUUUGGUGAUCAUUGACUGUAAUGUGUGGAACCACUUCCACCAGUCCAAUCAGCACGAAGAAAUCCAAACAUGUCAGAUGUAAAGAUAAUUAACAUUCCUCUCAUGUAUUUUUUCAUAAAGCUAUCACUGUCUGUACGAUGCCAUAAGGAUCAAUGCAAACAACCAUCUUCAGCUCGGAUCUAUGGUGCUAAAUAAUAUUUUUCUUUUAACAUUCAAGGUUACUGCACUCUCCACAGCCAAGGCAAUGUCUAUACACAUAACCAUUCUUCUAACCUGGGAAUAUUUGUAUACUCUGUAACGUUAUUGCCAGUUUGUAAUUUCUUUCUUUUAUUUGCCACUAUGUUUUAAAAAGCAGUGUAUUGCGUGUACGUACUGUAUCUCAGCUUCACUGUCAAACUUGAAACAAUCAUCAUCUGCUCGCAUUAAAGUAUGUUUAUACUUUAUGAAACAAGGAACCUGUUACAGUUGUUGAAGUGUUCUCAGUAACCUUAACAUUUGUUACAAGAGUCCAGCUUAAAGCUGAAAUGACAAUCAUCUUGCCACAUUUUACAGAUGAGGAUUAUAAAGUCAGCCAUCAUGACAGAUCUUUAAAGAUUUUAAAUAUUCAUCCUCUCUGUGCAAAGACAAACCAAAGAUUUCCAAGCACCAAAGUUUGUGAUUCACAUCAUAUUGUAAACUUCUGUCCUGUGACAUUAAUGGCAAUAAAGUAUUGUGGGUUAUAUU